AACGCCUGGAUGCGGGGUGGAAAAAUGGUUGCCAAAUUCGUAUGUGACGUGAGAAAAAGUAAACAAAAUAGAAAAGUGCCAAAACAAACCGAUUUUUAUAAUCACUCUUAACGCAUCGACACGCAUUACUGCCAAAAACGCAUUGAACCCUUCUUUAUUUGACCAAUAAAGAAAUACAAACCAAUUUUCUUUGCGUUGCAAGCACAAUUCGUGAUUUUGCGGCACAAUUUUGUUUUAUUUGUUUAUUUUUAGGUUAUUAUCAUCAUGGAUAAGGCCCAACAAGUACAGGCGGUCCCCGAGAUACACGGUUAAUGGGGACCGAAAACGGCCGCAAAAUACCGCGUAUCUCGAAUUUCCGCGUAAGUCGAAUCUCGUGAUUUCCUGCUAAAAUAUCACAAAUUUUCGUGUAAUUUUGCAAGUAGGGGGCGGUUUUAGUCACUUUAUGAAUUAUUUGAUAUGAUUCUGACUGAAUAUAACUGUUUUAAACCUUUUGAAAUAGUUUUUAACAUUCGAUCAAAAGGGAAAUUAUUUGGCAAUUUGAAAUUGAUGUGUCAAAUCAGUACAAUUUGCUCAAAGAAUUGUCAAAUUUAGAAAACCGCGUAUCUCCGAAUCCGCGUAUAAGAGGUACCGUGUAUCUCGGGGACCGCCUGUACAUACCAUUCGGAAAAAAUAUACAACCGGCAAAGCAAUAUGGACGCGUUUGGAACAGGAAUGGGAAGCAGAAAACAAUUUAGCAACAGCUUCUAUAUCGACUUCAAGCCAGGAAGUUCAUGGUCAACCGGAUAUAUCAAGCGUAUGCUUUGAUGAAGAUCCAUCAAUUGAAUGGUUGGAAGAUGAUGAGGACGUCCGUAUCUGCCGCCUUUGCAUAUCUCAACCUGAUGUGUUGAAUGACUCCCAUGAUGAGGAACAAUUUGUUUUGAAUGGUUGGAAGAAGAAGAGGACGGUCACAGCUGCCACCAAAUGUCGGACGAAAGCGACAUUGAAGAUCAGGAUGAGUAUAGUGAAUUUGAUAGAGCCCACAAGAAUCAAGUAUUUGUUGAAACGAUGCGAUUGUGGGCUCUGAAACAUCAAAUCACGCAUGCCGCUAUUAAUGAUUUCUUAGAAGCAAUACUAAAAACAACUGAUUUUUAUGUUCCUAAAGAUUCCAGGACAUUUCUGAAGACUCCUGUAGGCGUGGGAAAAGAAAUUGAAAAUUUGGCUGGUGGACAAAUGUGGUACAAAGGAAUAGAUAAAUCUCUGCAAGAACAGUUUCGCACUACUCCGCCUCCUGUAGAUUCAUUUGAAUUGAAUAUUUCUAUGGAUGGUAUUCCUCUGCAUAAUAGCGGAACUACCCAGUUCUGGCCCAUUUUGAUGCAGCUGCAUGGUAUUCCUGAUGUUCCAAUAAUGACUAUUGGAAUAUUUUGUGGAACUUCUAAACCGGAUAAUGCAGAGGAUUAUCUGCGCCGUCUAGUAACAGAAAUAAAUGAUGUCCAGGACAACGGAGUAGUUAUAAAUGGAAAACGUAUUUCCAUCUCACUAAGAGCGAUACUUGCAGACGCCCCUGCCAGAGCGUUCAUCAAAUGUGUCAAAAACCACAAUGGCAUACAAGGAUGCCAUAAAUGCAACAUUUUGGGUAGAAGCUACAUGGGAAGGAUGAUCUUCGAGGGAACAGCAGAAGCACGAACGAACGAAGAAUUUAGAAAUGGAGAUUACUCCAUAGGACAUCAGAUACGCCCAUCGCCGUAGUUAGAUAAUAAACACUCAAACAUAGUAUUAAGACUACCUACUUCGGACGAUUUACAUUUAGUAUAUUAUGGAGUGUUGAGGAAAUUAGUGAUAGGUUUUACGACAGGAUGUUUUAUAAACGAGAAAUGGAAUUUAGAUGAGCAGGAUGAAAUUUCAGGGCUUCUAGUUCAAAUUAAAUUACCAGCAGAAUUUCAGAGAGCAGUAAGGUCCCUUAAAUGUUUAAAAUUUUGGAAGGCGUCAGAAUACCAAACGUUCCUACAUCACAUCAGCGUUCCUCUUCUAAAAGGCAGAGUAAGUGACAGGGCAUAUCACCAUUUUAAACUGUUGGUUGUAGGUAUUACAAUGGUUUCCUCUAAAAUUUAUCAAGACUAUUGGAAGUACGCAGGGUCAUUAUUAGAUCAAUUUGUUUCAGAAUUUAGUACAAUUUACGACCGUAAGUUUAUGACUUACAAUGUUCAUACUCUAUUG